AUGGCCGACUCCGACGGCGAGGCCUCUCCGGCGCGCCACCUCGCCAACACCUCCGUACAAUUUCUUCCUGAUCCUCCGACCAUGGACGAUAUCGACAUCACUCGCUUCAUCAAGUUCAAGCUCGACGCCGAGAUCGGCAACUACAACAUGUGGCGAAAGUUCUUCCUCUUCGUCCUCUCCAAGUUCGACGCCCGCGAUCACGUCGAGGAAGAGACGGAUCCGCAUCUCGCCGAUGCCGCAUGGCGCUCCGCCGACGUCGACAUCGUCAUCUGGAUCUACAUCACCAUCUCUGAUGAACUCCAGGACGUCAUCCUCAAGGCCGACAGCACCGCGUUCACCGCCUGGCGCGCCCUUGAACACUUCUUCACCGAGAACGCGGAAGGACGCGAGAUCCACCUCGACAAAGAAUUUCACAACAUCAAGCAGGGCGACAUGGGCGUGAUCGCCUACUGCCGCAAACUGAAGGGCGUUGCCGAUCAGCUCGGCGACGUGGGUGCACCGAUCACGGACAAGAAGCUCACGAUGCGGCUCAUCGACGGCCUAGACCGCCAGUCACGGCUUCAACUGGCCGAACAGAAGCUCAAAGCGGAGGAGGCGGAUCCACCCCAAGUCCUGCACGCCAACGCCAACAACACCGACGCCCCCGGCUUCCGUUUCAACGGAAACUGCUACGCCUGCGGCGUCCCCGAGCACAUGGCUCGGCACUACACCACCCGCGGCGGUGAUCGCAGUCAGAACAGCGGACGCGGCGGCGGCUCACAACAAGGACGCGGUGGCGGGCACCCCACCUACGGUGGCCAGAACAACUACGGCGGCCAAAACAGCUACGGCGGCGGCCAGAACAACUACGGCGGCCAGAACUACCGUGGCCGUGGUCGUGGACGCGGACACGGUGAUCACGGUGGGCGCGACGCCUACAACCCUGGCUACGGGCAUCAUCCGCAGCAGUAUGGGUCACCGCAGCCUGGCUACACUCCUCCAUCUCACCAGUGGGUGCCACCAAACGCCUCUGGCGUCCUCGGUGCUCGCCCUGGCAUGCCACAGCAUGUGUACCACACGGUCGCCCCCACUCCUGCGCCGCCCCUGCAGUCCGUGCUGAUGCCUCCCGCAGCUCACACGUACAACUACGCCGCCAUGUUCAACUCAGCACCAAGCAACACCGGAGGACUCCAUCCAGGCGGCGAAUGGGUGAUGGAUUCCGGCGCCACUACCCACGUCACCAACAACCAAGAAUUUGACCCCUUCGACUUAUUUGUGAAGGACCUAGCCAGUCGGAAAAUCCUUAUGCGCUCCAGCAGCAGCGGCGAGCUCUACCCCUUCUUCGGCGACAUCCACUCCUCUCCUGCAGCCCUGACGUGCAGUGUAUCUCUCCUCCAACCGAGAACGAAGCAUGUGGAGAUCGAUCUCCACUUUGUUCGUGAUCGGGUCACUCUUGGUGAGGUCAAGGUCCUGCAUGUCCCAUCAUCUUCCCAAUUUGCUGAUGUGUUCACGAAAGGAUUGCCAACCCCGGUGUUUCAAGAUUUCCGAUACAGUCUGAACAUCGUCCCUUCCGACGUUCAGCCUGAGGGGGGCUGUUGA